AUGACUAUGGCUACAGCUACAAGUACAUUUGCAUCUUAUGAUCGAUCAAUACCACCAUCAUCAGCUAUUUUUCGAAUGUCGAAUAAUCCGACAUUAUCAAGACAAAAUCAUGACUUUUUUACGACUAAUACAAAUACAACUGUACCACGAUAUGGUCAUUGUUUAGAUGAUAUGGAUAUACUUACCUUGAAACGCCAAUAUGCUAAUAUUGAUUUAUUUGAUCAAAGUACAUUAUCCAAUUCAGCUGAAGAUUUAUCUCAACUUGAUCGUCCUUCAUAUGAAUGUGAUAUAUUUGGUCAAGAUGAAAAUGAUAUUGAUGAUUAUGAUAUUCCAUAUGAUGAUGGUUAUGAUUAUAAUCUUAUUAUUCAAGAACGAUUAAAAAAAGCUAAUGAAGAAUUUGAACAUGAUCAAACACCAGCUGAAUUAAAACAUCGUCAACGUGUUUCAUUUGAUGCUAUUGUUAAAGCAGUUGAUAUUAUUCAAGAUCCUACAGAACUUGAUCAUGAUGAUGAUUUAGUUCGAAGAUCUAUUCCACCUGUUCUAGAAGAAUCGUCUACAACUAUUACUAGUCCACGAAGUGAAACUAGUACACAUGAAUAUACUGUACCACUUAAUGAUACACAACCAAAAGAAGGUUUGACAUUACUUCAACAAAUUAAAGCACUACAAUUUCAUAAUGCACAACUAAUUAAUGAACGAUGGGCAUCUACAACUGAUAAUGAAAAUAAUGAUAAUUUAUUAAAUCGAGAAGAUGAUUUAUCUGUAUCAUCAUGUAAAUCAAAUGAAAAUAAUAAUGAGACUCAAAAUAUGUUAAAAGCAACUUCCAAUUCAACAGUAUCAAAAAAAGCAAUGAUUGUUGCUGUUAAUGGUCGAUUUGAUUUACAAGAUGAAGAUGAUUAUAUAGCUAAACAUCAUAUGAAAUCUACUACUACUACUAAUAAUAAUAAUAAAAUUUCAUUUUUACCUGCACCACCAACAGAACCUAAAAAAAAUCAAGAUUUACCUCAUCGUCCAUUUCCAGUUCGACCUAAAUCAUCUGAUAGUGGAAGAAGAACGAAUACAAAUUCAGCAAAUUUAUCUUCUGAUAAGAAUACUAAAAUACAAACAACAACACGACAACGACCAAAAAGUGCGGGUACUGUAAAAAAUGUUGAAACAUAUACAGAUAAACCAUUGUCUGGUAUUGAUUUUAAUGAACUUUUACGAAAAGCAGCGGAAAAAAAACGAGCAGAAUUACGUGAAGAACGUCGUAAGAAAAAAGAAGCAGAAGAAAAACGUCAACAAGAAUUGGCUAAAGCAGAAGAAUCCUAUAAACGAUGGUUACGAGAAAAAGAUUCUGAACGUAAAAGAAUCAAUGAAGAAAAAAGAUUAGAAAAAGAAGAACUAGAAACUCGUCAAGCUGAAGAAGAAAAAGAAUUAACUGAUUUACGAGAAAAAAAAUAUAAAGAAUGGCUUGAACGUAAAGGUCAAGAAACAAAAAUUGCAAAUGAAUUUAAAAAAUUAAAAGCUGAUGAAAAUGAAAUGAUAUCAGGAAGUUCAUCAUCAUCAGUAAAUAAUGCUAGUCGAGAUAGUAAUCAUCGAGCAUUUCAAAGAUGGCUUCGUCGAAAAUAUGAACAAUCUAUGGAACAAAAACGUCAAUUACAUCUUGAAGCUAAACGUCAACGUCGUCGACAACGUCGUUCAUUAAAACGACAUCAACUUCAACAAGAUCUUCAAUUGGCUAAAUCAUUUGGAUAUUCAUAA